AGCUAUGGCAGAGUCAUUCAAACAAGGCUGCUAUCGAUGGAGCCGGCGAUCAAAUGACGAGCCCAAGACACAAAAGCAGAUCUGGAAAAAAAUAUGAAAUACGACAUUUGCGGCAUGUUGAAUACCGAUUACGGGCAGAACCACUUCGAGUCUGAGUGCGCUUGUAGUGCGAAUCGAACGUGACACAUCAAGCCGCGCCAGUGGCGCCAUCAAGGUCAUUAACGGUUGAAAAACUAAAUCGAAAAAGGUCUAGGAGCCCUACUUACAGCUAUUUGCAAAAGAAAUGACACUCUCGUGAUGCGCAAACACUUUCGUCCGAAUAUAUACAUGGCGCUGUAUCUCGCGAACCGGCGCACCUUUUGGCAUAAAAAUAAGAGCGUUGGAAUCGCACGGAGGGCCCCAUUCCGUACAUGCAUAUUCUUCUAUAAAAUUCCACGUUCGAAAUUUUGACGUUCUGCGGAGCUCCGAUUGAGAGCUGUCAACGUCCGGUGUGUGUUUCCUUACUCGUCUCCCACUGCCACACGCCCCGUGCCAUCGCGCCGUGCCCUCGCCUUGCGUCGCCCCGUGUCGCGUCGGGAGAUCCCAAGGACACGGCAUAUCACUUAGAGGAACACCGAGAGGAAUCAGGGCAUUGGAAAGGGACAGUGUGUGGACUGACACGUUGGCUAUGUCCGUGUAUGCUGACCGUGGAUAGCACCGCGUACCACAAUGCCCCCACCCGUGGGCGCAAAGCACUUCUCCCGCCAGGAAAAGGAGCUAGCUCUGCGUUCUCGGCAGGAAGGCAUGCUCACUGUAGCCCAGAUCCUCCGGCUCUUCCAAAUGUCGCGCUCGACGUUCCGCCGCAUCGAACGAAACUGGCGCCUGUAUCACGAUGUUGUUCCACCUUACCGUCCCCAUUCGCACAUAGGACGACCCCGCCUUCUCAACUACAAUGACCUCACCUUCAUUCUCGCACUUGUAGCUCAGAACCCUGCGUGGUUUCUUACAGAGCUGCAGGGACUGCUCAAACACAACCGUGUUGUGUCAGUGCACUUCACCACCAUUCAUCGCGCACUGGAGAGGGCUGGGGUGUCUCGCAAGAAGCUCAAGGUGAUUGCCUGUGAGCGAAACGAAGACGUGCGCAACGACUAUAAUGACAAGACCCCUGCACGACGGUAUGGUCGGUCAAGGCGGAAUCGGCGCGCUGUACAGGCACAGCGCUUUGUGCGCGGGAUCCGUCUGUCGGCAGUGGGAUUGCUCACUGCGAGGGGGAUGGAGGCAGCAAAGGUGGUUGAGGGCUCGUUUCAUCGUGUUGACUAUCUCGACUUUCUGCAAAAUCAUGUUGUAAGUGUUCAUUCAGUGUCCUUCACAGGCUCAUGUCUUGGUAGAUGCCUCUAACGAUGCCGUACCC